ACUGAUUGCGAGCAGCAACUGAUACAUUUCUUUAUACAAACAACAUACAAACAACAUAUACAAACAACAUCGGCUGUGUCUCAUUUGGAAGGCUGCGUCCUGCUUCGGCCGCAUUUUUCGGCCGCAUACGUCAUCGAGGCUGUCUCGUUUCAGAAAAGCGAGUAGGACACUUCGAAUGCAGCCUUCGAAUGCGACCUUCUUUCACGGGAAUUCGGAGGAUGCAUGAGGUGUAUCCUUCGCCAGUAUCAGACGAGCUGCAGUCAGGGUUGUUCAGCACGUUUAGAGAAAGAGAAAGAGAGAGAGAUGCACUGGAGGCCAUAAGAGCUCAGUGGAGGAGAGAGCUGGAUGAGCAGAUGGCUUUAAAGAGGAAGCAGAAAGCCAGUGUGAAGAAUUUUAAGACUCCUGAUGAAUCAUGUAAAGCAAAACUCCAGCCUGCCACUGAGGAGGGAUUCCCGUCGCAGAGUCCUCGACACUGCCGUCCACCCAGGGGAGUGCCGCUGCCGUCCGACGGGGGACGGAGUAGCCCGACCACCCGGACGCGGGGAACGGCCGCCGUCCGAGAGGCGAGUGGGGACGGGACUACCUGACUGCCUGGAGCGAGGGAGCUGCUGCCGGGGGCGGAGGAGUGCCCUGCUGUCCCCCGGGAACGCGGAGGGGUCGAGGGAAGACCGCCGUCCGCGGGGGGAGGAGGGAAGCGACUCCCCGACCGCCUGGAGUGGUAGGGCCGCUGCUAGGGGUGGAGGAGUGUCCCCACGGGACGCUGGGAACGCGGAGGGGCGUUCUGUCCGCUGGGGGUCGGAGGUCUGACUCCGGUCCGCCCGGGGAGGAGCGGCUGCAGUCCGCCUGAGAGGGUGGAGUAGUGAUCGAGGACCACGCAACGGCGCAUCAGAGAACCAGUCGAGGAAGGCGGGGAUGACCCGCCGGCAGUCGGGGCAUAAGGCACGCCCCCCCCGGAGAGGAAGGGUGGGGGAUGUACGUCAUGCCGGGGGCUCCCCGGCCUGAGGCAACACCGGGAGGAGUGUAGAGCCGAGGAGGGCGGGGCCGGGCUGGAAUGAGACACACCCGGUCCCCAAUCAGCCUGAUGGGGCGCGCGAGGGAUAAAGGUGGCCGGGGACGACAGAGAGAGAGAGAGAGAAUUGCAGGCAGCUGUACUGUGUGUUUUUGGUUGUGUGUUUUGUUUAAAUUGUUUAUUAAAUUAUUAUUUAAGUUGUCAA